GAAUACACAUAGUACAAUACACACUAUUCCAUACUUAUUAGAGGGCAGCACCACAUUAAUGAUUCACUACAGUAGUUAAGCAGGCAAACAAUUUUCAAAAACAAUUUCAUAGAUGGAUAUACGUAUUAAAUAAAAGAUGGAAGAUUCACUACAGAAUCAAGCUGUUACAAAUAAAGACAAUCCAAUUGUUUUCUUGGAUAUAGCUAUCGAAUCCGAGAAAGUUGGAAGAAUAGUGAUAGAGCUGUAUAAGGAUGUUGUACCAAGGACAGCAGAAAACUUCCGUGCCCUGUGCACCGGAGAGAAAGGUACAGGAAUUUAUGGGAAGAAAUUACAUUACAAAGGAUCAAUAUUCCAUAAAGUAUUACCACAGUUUAUAAUCCAAGGUGGAGAUAUAAUAAAUUUCAAUGGAACAAGCGGAGAAAGCAUAUAUGGAAAACUAUUUGAGGAUGAGAAUUUUACGCUCUCCCAUUCUUCUGCGGGAUUGUUAAGUAUGGUAAACAAAGGUGUUUCAAAUAGCAAUAGCUCUCAAUUUAUCAUUACAAUUUCGCCUAGUAUACACUUAGACAAUACCAAUGUAGUUUUUGGAAAAGUUGUAAAAGGCAUGGGUGUUGUACACGAAGUAUCUCAUGUCGCUACAAUAAAGGAUGUACCAACUGAGAAAAUCUGUAUAAUUGACUGCGGCGAAAUAAAGCCAGGCCAAGAUUGGGGUUUAGAGGAGAAUGAUGGUACAGAGGAUGUUUUCUCACCGUGGCCAGACGAUUGGGAUUAUGCUAUAAAAUCGAAAGAAUCUGAUCACAAGUAUGUUAUGGAGGUUAUUCAAAAAAUAAAAGAUUCGGGAAAUUAUUACUUUUCAAAAAAAAAUUAUGUAGACGCAGGUAGAAAAUAUAAAAAAGCAUUACGUUACUACAAGUGGAUGACUAAAACUGUGGACACAUCAAAUUCUUCUGAUGAGUUAAUGACAAAUAUUAAAAUAGUCAUACUACUUAAUCUAGCAGCUGUUAAAUUAAAGAAAAAGAAAUACCGUGAAGCAUUGAAGCUAUGUACAGAUGUUCUGCAAAUGGAUAAGAACAAUAGUAAAGCAUUAUUUCGUAAAAGUCAAGCAUAUAUGGGGUUAAAUGAGUAUGAUUAUGGCUUAAGAGAAUUAAAACAAGCACUGCAAGGCUCGCCUAAUAAUAAAGAUAUUUUAAUGGAAAUGGAGAAAGUUAAAAAAGUUAUGGAUUCGUACUUAGUGCUUGAAAAAGCAUCGUGUCAAAGAAUGUUCAAAUAGAACCAACUUUUAUAUAAAUUAUAAAUAAUAUUUAACGUAUUUUGUAAACUUGUCGUACAUGAUAUAUGUUUUAAUAUAUCAUUUAAUGUUGAUAUUUUGUUAUGGAAAAUUGAUUAAAAUGUAAAAUUAAAAAAUCGUGUAUGCAACUCAUUUAUUGAACACUUAUAUCAAGUUUUUAACAAGUCAAAGUGUUAAAAUGUUGUAUGCGACACAUGACAAAAAUAUGUCACACAAAAUAAAUGCUAUGGUAUUAUUUUAGUAGGAGCUCACACGUAGUUUGUUGCGUUAUAGUAGUAAUCCUAGAACGUGAGUUCUUUUUAUAUCUAAAUACUGUAAAUAAAAAACAGAUGUGUAAAGUUCACGCACAUAUGAAAGGUUGCUAAAUGCAAUCUUCUUUCGUUAUAAUUAAAAACUCACGCUUCUUUUCAACAAUUUAAUUAUCUGUUUUCGUUGAAAGGUAUUCUGUUUCUUUGUUUUAAUAACACUGUAUACCUAUGUAACAAGUUUUAGUUAAUUAUCUACAGCAGUUACAAGCAUAGGAGUUAUUGCAGUGACUAGAUUAAAAAUGACUCUGUUACUAACUACCAUCUCCAGCACUAUCAUUUUUCUCUAGAUCUCGCAUCUCUUAAAGAAAUAGUAAAUAAAUAAAUAAGAAAAUAAA